UUAUCUAGUUAGGAAGAGCUGACUGCUAAAGAGAAAAUGACAUCUCUAGAAAAAGUAGAUGAUGCCUCAUCACCCAUCCGAGGACCUGGAGAUGGCAUGGAAACAGAGCAGACAACUGAGUCAGUGGAAGUAAUCACUGGAGCCAGCACUACAAACCAUCACAUCCAUCACAGCCCACAUAAAAAGACAGUCUCUUCCCUGAGCCCCGGAGUUCUGCAGCUAGGGAAAAUACAUGCUGAUAAAUCAGUGGAGAUUGAAGCUAUUCGUAUAUUAGUCCCCAAAGCAGCUAUCACCCAUGUUGUUCCAACUAAAAAUGCUAAGGUAGCUAAAUCGGUGGGACAUAAAGGAGAUGCAUUCCAUCAGUCAGAGGGACCCGCAGAUCCCAAGAAAGAACAGAUAGAGCUGAAAAAUGCAAUUGAAAAGCUGAAGAAUUCAGAAAAGCGGUUGUUACAGGAUAAGGAAGGUCUCUCUAAUCAGCUACGCAUACAGACAGAGGUGAAUCGGGAGCUGAAGAAAUUACUUGUUGCUUCUGUUGGGGACGAUCUGCAGUAUCACUUUGAACGGAUGGCUCGUGAAAAAAAUCAGCUAAUCCUAGAAAAUGAAGUCCUGGGACGGAAUAUGUCUCAGUUGUCUGAACAAUUAGAGCGCAUGUCUAUACAGUGUGAUGUGUGGCGAAGCAAAUUCCUAGCAAGCAGGGUUAUGGCUGAUGAGCUAACCAAUACCAGAGCAAUUCUUCAGCGUCAAACCAGAGAUGCACAAAGUGCCAUCCAGGACUUACUGAAUGAACGUGAUCAGUUCCGUCAAGAGAUGAUUGAUACACAGAAGCUGCUGGAGGAGCUGAUGGUUUCUCUUCAAUGGGGGAGACAACAGACAUACUACCCUAGUGCCCAACCUUAUACUACAACAGAGCUAGCAGCUGUGAAUUGUAAGCUAGCCAAAGCUGUAAGCUCACAUCUUCUUGGAAAUGUUGGCACUAACAGUCCAAAAAAGACUUCAACAGCUGUGGAGUUUUGCAAUACCCCUGCUGAGAAAAUGGCUGAAAAGGUGCUACGUGUACUGGAUCCAGCUGCACGUACAGAAGGACCAACAGAAGUUUCUUUUUCUGAGACUUCUCCAUCUUCCUUCCUUUCCACAAAAAAGAAUAUUGGAAGGUUUCACCCAUAUACAAGAUACGAAGAUGUAACUUUCAAUUGUUGCAAUCGCUGUCAAGGAGAGCUGACAGCCCUUUAAAAGCACUGCCAAUGCAACUGCACAUGCGCUCUUUCUGAAGAAACACACUAGUUGAUGUUCAGCUUUUUUUCAGCAGGCUUCCCUUUUCCCUGUUUCUUCCCAUAAUGGGUGGGGUUUAACAUUGGAAAUUAUGCGGUUUCUGCUUCUCUACCUCUUGAAGUUAGGGACUGACAGGAUUUCCUUAGCCUCUGGGAUAUUUCUACUACUUUUCAGUUUG